AUGUCAAAACUGUGUGGUUUGAACGUAGUUCAGCUACGAGAAGAACUAAAGAAACGAAGCCUUGUCACAAGUGGCAACAAAGAAGUACUAAUAGCACGUCUGAGAGAAGCUCUCAUUGACGAACAGGAGUUAAAACAGAUCAAGGACCAGCUAAAACACGUAAAAUUGGAAGUGGCAGAACAGAUUGAAGAACAGUCAACAAGAAUAGAAAUGAGCGAGCAGAAACUUGAUCGUCAGACCGUUGAGGUAGAUCACAAGAUAGACAAAUUGAAGCGAGAAUUGGAGCAAUCCAAAAAAAUGGCUAUGCCGUUAGAUCACGCAUCCGGAAGAACUUUGAAGGUACCAGCAUUUGACGGAGAGAUGUCUUGGAACGUUUAUAAAACCCAGUUCAGCAGCACAGAGGUUCUUCAGACGAUUCCGGCGGAGAACCACUUCAACUAUGAAGUUCUGGUUAGCGCGUUGGAUUUACGUUAUGGUGAAGAACACAUGAAACAGAUUUAUCGGUCUCAGCUUAGAAACAGAACGCAACGAUCUGGUGAAUCCAUUCAGCAGCUGGCACAAGAUAUCGAACGGUUGACAUUGCUGUCGUAUCCGACAUCAGACCCCGAGCAUAGAGACGAAACUGCCCUGGAUACGUUUAUCAAAGCCCUUCGUGAUUCGGAACUCAAACAAUCCCUUCUCUUGUCAGAUAAACGAAAACUCAAGGAUGCCGUUGCGCACCGUCUCACUUUUGAAUCGGCAAAGCAAGCAUCAAAAAGUGACGUACGUCUACGCCAAGUACAUGAAGAAUGCUCUUGCCAGAAGAUAACUACUGCCGAAAUUGCGCGACAAGAUGGCGCAAAAGAAGAGAAGAUGAUCAUGUAUCACGAUUGGCCCCUUCUAACGAAGGGGCGGAAAAGCUAA